AUGCCUAAAGCGGUGUGUGUUAUCAAAGGAGACGUCACAGGCACAGUUUUCUUCGAGCAGAAGGAUAACAAAUCGCCUGUAGUUGUGACUGGUGAAGUUGCAGGACUCAAAAAGGGCAAACAUGGAUUCCACGUUCACGAGUUUGGGGACAACACGAAUGGAUGCACAUCUGCUGGUCCCCACUUCAAUCCCAAAGGUGCCGACCACGGCGCACCAGACGCACCUGUUCGUCACGUCGGUGAUCUUGGCAAUAUCGAGGCUUCCCAAGACGAUGGAGUGACAAAGGUCUGCAUCCAAGAUUCCCUGAUUUCCUUGUUGCCUGGUGAGAACAGCAUCAUUGGCCGUACUCUGGUAGUACACGCGGAUCCAGACGAUAUGGGCAUUGGAGGCCACGAGCUGAGCAAGACUACUGGAAACGCUGGCGCCCGUAUUGGCUGCGGUGUCAUCGGUCUCGCCAAAUCUUAA